GUGAAAUUAAGAAAUGUGGGAGGAAAAGAAGUGGAAUCAACACUCGGUAGCCCCUUCCUGGAAACGGCGAAAGAAACAGGCAAAGAGAAGAAAUGAGAUUGGCAAUGGAAUGGUGACGAGAAAGAAUGAAUUGGGAGGAAAAAGAUCAAAAUGCUGCAGGUCUAAUCGCCGGGAACCCCGAAGAAAUGCAGCCAAAAAUCUGAAUUCCCACUUAGUAUAUACUAGGCAUGGUGAACCACAAGAGAUGUGGUCUAGUAGUAUUGGUGUGUACCCAACUAAAAUUAAAAUAAGCUUCGGACGACUAUUGACAAUGAUUUUAGAGCAUCUUGAAUGAGUGAGUUGGUCUAUGCUUUUCUUCAUUUUCAGGCAUUUCAAGAACUUGCCCCAAUGCCAAAUUGCCAAACCUAGUACUUAGCUUCACUACUUUAUACUCAAUAUAAUGUGCAGUAUGCACCCGAGUCAAGCAUAUCUAAACAAAGUAAAUUCAAUGACAAAAGGAAAAGCCAUACACGUAUGAUUGAAAAAACCUUCUCAUAUCUCUUUAAAGUACUGUCAUAUUUUCCAGUCUUGAAUAGGUCUAACUCGAUCACUUGUUUAGACAAGCAGCUUCAAUCUUUUAUUUGGUGUUCAUAUCCCAGAGGCAGGAUUUCUUUUUGUGGACGCAUUUUGUGAAAUGUAAGAAACAGCCUAAUGCCUAAUGGACACUACUCAUAUUAACAGGAUGCUUAAUGUUUUAAUUCUCUCACUUUGAAAAAAGACACCAGCUUCACGUAGUAUUACACAGGGGAAUCAAGAGGAACAACAACCAAACACUCUCAUCUUUUACUCCAUGCACUUCCAUAACAAUAAACCAUCCAUUCACUUCAACUUCACUGGUCGGUUAAGAGUGAAAAUUUCGGACAUUUUCUGUUGGCUCAUAUGGUUGCAAAGGUAGUAAGGAUAACAAACUUGUCACGUCACAUAAAUGAUUCAAUCAAUUUUGUCUUAUCUACAAAAUCCACGUCCCCUUAAGAGGCAUCACAAGCCUCAACAAUGGUAAUCAGUCAUCGAGCAGAUAUCUAAAAUUCCAAAGCCACAAGGAUUCAUACAAAUAUAAGAACAAACAUAUAACUCCCUCUGUCCCAAAAUUAUUGUCCAAUUUGAGAUUUUAUUUUUAGUACAAUUUGAACUAGAGGUGAAAACUCAAACUGGACAAUAAUUAUGGGACGGAGGGAAUAAUACAAAUGGAGAGUGGAGCGACAAGAGAACCCAUUCAGGCAUAAAAUCAUACACCUAGCACGCGAACAAAACAUGCAUGCUCUAAAAAAAAAGACCGCAAGCAGCCGUAAUCCUUUCUUCCAUUUUAUCGACUAACUUAUGCCCCAGUUCAAUCAUCUGAUAGAAUUUAGCUAAACCAAUUUUUAAUUUUCAACUUCCCAUCAAAAUUUAAGCACAAACUGUGUAAUACCUUCAACCUGUACUUCAAAUCUUCACUCCCUUUUUUCUGAUUCUGCAAGUAAAUUUGGAGCAGUGGAUUUUGUUUUCG